AACCACAAAGUAAACAAGGACCUGAAACCGCUCCCUCGUACUGGAAUGUAGCAAAACCUGACCAGCACUCCCUCUUCCCUCCUCAGACAGUCUAUUUAAUAUUCCCAUUUAUUGAGAAGUGAAAUGGCGCUGCAGCUAGACAAGGAGAGUCUCUGCUGUUCUGUCUGUCUGGAUCUACUGAAGGAUCCGGUGACUAUUCCCUGUGGGCACAGUUACUGCAUCGGGUGUGUCAAAAGCCGCUGGGAUGAAGAAGAUCCAAAGGAAAUCUACAGCUGCCCUCACUGCAAACAGACCUUCACACCGAGGCCUGUCCUGGUGAUAAGUUCCCUGUUGGCUGAUUUAGUGGAAGCGCUGAAGAAGACGAGGCUUCACGUUGCUCCAGCUGACUAUGCCACGCCUGGAGAUGUCGCUUGUGAUUUCUGCGCUGGGAGAAAGCUGAAAGCACACAAGUCCUGCCUGACGUGUCGAGUCUCUUACUGUGAGCUCCACCUUCAGCCUCACUACGAAUCCCCUGCCUUUGAAAAACACAAGCUGGUUGGAACCUCCAAAUAUCUCCAGGAGAAAUACUGCCCUCGCCACGAUGAGGUGAUGAAGAUUUUCUGCCGUACUGAUCAGCAGACCAUAUGUGUUUUGUGCUCCCUGGAUGAACACAAAGGCCACGACACAGUCUCCGCUGCAGUGGAAAGGAAUGAGAAGGGGAGGGAGCUCGGGGCGAGUCGGGACAAAAUCCAGCACAGAAUCCAGGACAGAGAGAAAGAUGUCAAAGUGCUUCAGCAAGAGAUGGAGGCUAUCAGUCGCUCUGCUGAUGAAGCGGUGAGGGCCAGCGAGAAGAUUUUCAACGAGCUUGUCGGCCUUGUGGAGAAAAGAAGCUCCGCGGUGACGGAAGAAAUCCGAUCCCAGCAGAAAACAGAGGUUCUCCGGGCCAAAGAGCUCAAGGAGAAGCUGGAGGAGGAGCUCGCUGAACUGAGGAAGAAGGACGCCGAGCUGGAGCAACUCACCCACACCGAUGACCACGUCCAACUUCUAAACAAUUACCUUUUGCUGUCACAUCUAAGCUCAUCUACAGACUGCCCCAGAUUAAAUAGUCACCCUAUGAAAUACUUUGAAGAUGUGAUAGCAGCUGUGUCAGAAGCCCGAGAUGAACUACAAGAGAUUCUCAACAGGGAAUGGCUGAAGAUCUCGCUGAAGGUGAGUGCGGUAGAUGUUUUACUGCCACAACCAGAGCCCAAGACCAGAGAUGAGUUCUUACAAUAUUACCGUCAAAUCACAAUGGAUGCCAACACAGUUAACGCAGGGCUGUCUCUAUCUGAAGACAACCGAAAAGCAACAGUGAUGAGAGAAAAGCAGCUGUAUUGCAGCCACGCAGACAGAUUCACUGACUGGCUUCAGGUCCUCAGUAGCAAGAGUCUGACUGGACGGUGCUACUGGGAGGUGGAGAGGAGCAGUGGAGGCAUUUCAGUAGCAGUUGCGUACAAGGAUAUAAGCAGAACAGGGAGUGAAAGCGGAUUUGGCAACAAUGAAAAGUCUUGGGCGUUAGGAUGUUUCGACAUCGGUUAUCAUUUCAGACAUAAUAACAUCAGAACUUCCCUCUCAGGCCCUCAGUCCUCCAGAGUUGGAGUGUACCUGGACCACAAGGCUGGGACUCUGUCCUUCUACAGCGUCUCUGAAACCAUGACUCUCCUUCACAAAGUCCAGACCACAUUCACUCAGCCGCUCUAUGCUGGACUGUGGGUUUAUUGGGUCGGAGACACUGCGCAGUUGUGUAAGCUGAAGUAGAAUGGAGCUAACAAAAGAGGAAAUAGGUACUAUUCUU